UCAUUCAUCAAAGUUUCGAUUUUGAUUCCUUAUCACAAUGUUUACAAAAUGUAUUGAAUUUAAAUUGAUAUUUUUCCAGUCAACAAAUAAAAAAAAACAGUUGUAACUGAUAAGAUGCGGUUCGCUCUUCACGCAGCCAACACAAUACAAGCACAAUCGACAUAAUUCACUUGCCCCGAUAGCUUUGCUGUAAAGCACUGAUGGUUCUACGAGAAGCAAAGGCUUAUCUAGACUACGAAGUACUACGUUUCAUGUUGUAUUCGAGACAUGAGUUCAAAGACUGCAUUAGUGAUCAAUUGGUGUCCGAAGUAAAAACACUAACAAGCCAAAAGUAUAAGAAAUAAAAUGAAUCAAAUCGGACGAAUUGGUUUUUUGGGAGGUGGAAAAAUUGCGCAAGCUAUGGCCAAGGGCUUUAUAGCUGCUGGUCUAACAAAAGCUGAAAAUAUUAUGGCUAGUGUACAUCCAGCAGAUAAAGCUUCACUGGAUUCAUUUAAGAACAUCGGUGUUGAAACUUUAGUGGAAAAUAUACCUGUUGUGCAGAAAUCUGAUGUUGUUUUUAUAUCUGUAAAACCGCAAGUUGUUCCAAAAGUGUUAACAGAGAUAAAAUCUAAAAGUGAUGACAAACUAUUCGUGUCGGUAGCGAUGGGCGUUACACUUAAAACUUUGGAACAGGGGCUUUCGCAAAAUUCUCGCGUUGUACGUGUUAUGCCUAAUACUCCCGCAUUAGUACAAUCUGGAUGUUCGGUUUAUGUACGUGGAACUAAAGCCACUGAUACAGAUGCAAAAACCACACAAGCACUACUCGAAUCGAUUGGUACUUGUGAACAAGUUGAUGAAAAUUUACUAGACCCAAUAACUGCCUUAAGUGGCAGUGGACCCGCUUAUGUUUUUGUUAUGAUCGAAGCCUUAGCAGAUGGCGGUGUACAUAUGGGUUUACCACGUGAUUUAGCUUAUAGACUAGCUGCACAAACUGUAAUGGGAUCGGGUCAUCUUGUACGAGAAACUGCAGAUCAUCCUGGUGUGUUAAAAGAUAAUGUAACGAGUCCUGCUGGUUCAACUGCAGCUGGUCUGAGACAUUUAGAAUUAUCCGGUUUCCGCGCAGCUGUUGCUGGAGCAGUAGAAGCUGCAACGUUGCGUUGUCGACAAAUUUCAGAAAAAUAAUUUUCUUGACUAAAAAUUAAUAUGUUAAAAUAAGAAAUAGUUUUCUCUGUUAUGCGUCGUGUGAAUAUAUGUUAUUUAGAGUUAAAUAGGUUACAUUUAUAUAAAUAAAUAAAAACAUAUAGAUUAUAUA